GCCGGAUGCGGUAGGGCGCUCGAUUGGGAGAAAAUGCUGCCUGUUCGAGAAGGGCCCCGGAAAGCCCUUGCGGCGGCAGGCACGCGUCCCGAUGGGGCAAUUCAGGCUCAGACGGGAGGGCCUCAGGGAGCGAGAGAGGCCUGCCGCAUUGGGCGUGCUGUUCGCGAACGGCUGUUCGGGAGCGCAGAGAAGCAGAGGAAGGAAGGAGCAGCAGAAGAAGCACACGCAGCAGAACCAGCAGAACCAGCAGCAGCAAAGCAGCGGUGGGUUGCCUUCGAGGGCUCAGCUGUCUGAGGCACAGGCCAAAGCUCCAGUCGAGGCAUGGCCGAAGUGUGUUUAGGCUUCAGCCCAAGGUGUUUGAAUUCGUUUUAAGAUUUUGGCUAAAGUUUUCUAAAAAUUCUAUUCCAAUUAUUGAAUUUGAUCAACUUUUAUUAGGUUUUCUCAAAUUUUAUCAAAUAUUAUUCAUUUUUCUUGAAUUCUGAUUAAAUUCUGAUUAAAUUUACACUUUAAAUCCA